UUACCUUAGGCUAUAACACCUAAUAAUAUUUUAAGGUUUCGCGAAUUUCGGGCGUUUACAGUAACAUAUACAUUUUUAUACUUAUUUAUAGAUGAUAUGAGUUUCGCGGAGUUGUUCCUUCAAUCGCUUGUUAUAAAAAAUUAUAUCAUCAUGUCUCAAACAAUAUGUAUAACCACUGCUGCACAGACCCAAUGGAUGAAAUCGAAUCGAAUUUUUUUUUUGAAUGACGGUAAAUUUCGGAACUACAUGUGGCAACCCUGACAGCAUCCAUCUUUCAGAGUAUACUUUUAGAAAGAAAAUUUGUGUGUGAUUAUUUUGUUUCUUUAUAUUUCUUAAUUUAUUAGAAUCUAAGUAGAUUGUUUUUAGCACGUAGAUCUAAAAUAUCUAGGUAUUAUAAAAUAAGAUAUAAUAAUACGAUGUCUUCAGGAAGACCGAUUAAAUGUGUAGUCGUUGGAGAUGGUACUGUCGGAAAAACAUGCAUGUUGAUUUCAUACACCACUGAUAGUUUUCCAGGCGAAUAUGUCCCUACAGUUUUCGACAAUUAUUCAGCUCCGAUGGUAGUUGAUGGAGUAGCUGUAUCACUUGGUCUUUGGGACACAGCAGGACAAGAAGAUUAUGAUAGGCUAAGACCAUUAAGUUAUCCACAAACUGAUGUCUUCCUUAUAUGCUUCAGUGUUACGAGCCCUUCAUCUUAUGAAAAUGUUACUUCCAAGUGGUAUCCAGAAAUUAAACAUCACUGUCCUGACGCACCCAUUAUUUUAGUUGGCACAAAAAUUGAUUUAAGGGAUGAUCGAGAAACUUUAAGCCUUCUAUCAGAACAGGGAAUGUCACCUUUAAAAAGAGAACAAGGACAAAAGCUGGCAAACAAAAUUAGAGCUGUAAAAUAUAUGGAAUGUUCAGCUUUAACACAACGUGGCCUCAAACAAGUAUUUGAUGAAGCUGUUCGAGCAGUCUUAAGACCAGAACCCCAAAAGAGGCACCAGAGAAAAUGUUUAAUCAUGUAAAUAUAAUAAUCUCCAUGACAAAUAUGAUAUUGACAUUAUAAUAUGCAGGAAUCUCAUACCAACAGUAAUAAUGUGUUUCUACACCAAUUUAUUGCUCAAAUUAAACAAAUAGGGUACAUACACAUAAAAGUAUUCAUUUACAGAAAAAAAAUCAAUCAAAUAAGUGCCAUAAACAAUAUUUUCUACAAUGUGAUAUAAACAUAAACAUCAGGUGCAUUAGUCAUUCAUGUUUUAGUUAUACAAAUAUCUGUUUAUUUAUAAUGCAAAUGGAAAUACCAAAGAUUUACAUGUAGAUUUUAAGUAACGGUAUGCUUAUAAAAACUGCAAUGGUUAGAAACAAAUUGUUACUGUUUAGUACUUUUUAAAUACUAAUAUGUUAUUUUUAUACACACAACUGAACCUAGAAGUUUUGAGAUAUAUUCCUAUGUGACUUGUGAAUAAGGACUGACAGUAGGUAGAAAUUGUGUACUAUUUACAUUCUCCAUUUUUAGCUCUUGUUAGUUUGAAACAUGGUAAGCAUUUAAAAUUUAUAUUUAUAAACGAAAUAUUUAUUGUAUUUUAUUUAAAACAUACUAUAUUAAGUGCUUGUAAAUGAGGUAGAUAACUUGCUUAAGAGUAUUUUUUUAUAAAUUAAGCUAGCAGUUUGUAAAUGGCAUUCAAUAUGAUAUUCAAAAUAGUUAUUUGAAAAUUGUACACAUUUUUUAAGUGACCUCUGAGUGAAAUAAUACUUUUUUUUUACCAAAGGGUCUUUCAACAAUGGUGAUUUAUGAGGGAUUUCAAACUGAAGCAAGAGACCAUUUUAAUCACAUUGGUUAAUGUUGGAUUAGAUAUUGAUCUGUUUAUUAUAACAUGCAGCAUGGUUACUGUGCAUGCAAGAUGUGUUGUAUCAUGGUGAACCAGCUUGUCUUUAGCUUUACUUUGAACCCAUUCGCAAAAGGCCAAUGCGAUAAGGCCUUAAUUACUAUUAUUAAAUAAUAAUUUGAACAAAAUUAGGUUACUGAAUUAAUCAUAAUAUUUAAAUAGAAAUCUAAUAUUAAAUUUGAGUAAAUUAUUGUCGGUUUGUUUUUUUUUUAAUUAUUAUUAUUUUAAUUAAUGUUGACUGAUUUAUUAAAAAAGUGUAUGUCAGUUUAAACUUUAGUUGAAGCUGUUCAAUGUGACUCAGGUUUUCGUUUAUUUUCACUUGAGACUGGAUUGUAUGUAAUAAAAAGUUUUAUAUAUUGCAUACUGUCAAAAUAUAUAAUCUAUAACUUAUUGGAUAGAACUUUUGGUGCACAUUUUAAU